AUGGCGCUCCCAAGCUCCGCCGUGCUGGCCGAGCGCAAGAAGCUGCAAGUCGGCGCCGAGAUCGUGCAGAACCAGCAGUCAACCGACUUCCCUGGCCACUGGCCUGGCGAGAACCACGACUGGGACCUCGACUACUUCAAGCAGGCACGCUGCCCCCGCUGGCCUCACUUCAAUGUCCAGUUCCACGCGCGCCCAACGCCCUACGACUCGUCCUUCUCGCUGACCGGCGUCGACACGUCCGUCGCCAAUGCCUUCCGCCGCAUCAUGCUGUCCGAGCUGCCCACGCUCGCCAUCGAGGACGUCUUCAUCUACCAGAACACGUCCAUCAUCCAGGACGAGGUGCUCGCCCACCGCCUGGGCCUGAUCCCGCUCUGCGGCGACCCCAAGGGCCUGGAGUGGAUGAAGUGGUACGUCAAGCCGACCGACGACGACGACGGCUCCGGCGGCCCGUCCGACUUCAACUGCGCCAUUCUGCACCUGGACGUCGAGUGCUCCUGGCAGGAGGGCGGCCUGCAGCGCGCCGUCGCCGGCGAGACGGACCCCGACAAGCUGUACACGAACCACUCGGUCUACGCAAAGGACCUCGUGUGGGCCCCGCUGGGCAAGCAGGCCGAAAUGUUCGACGACGCCCAGCCCAUCCGCGCCACCAACCCCGAUAUCCUGAUCGUCAAGAUGCGCCCGGGCCAGAGAAUCACCCUGACCAUGCACGCCAUGAAGGGCAUCGGCCAGGACCACGCCAAGUACUCGCCCGUCGCGACCGCCAGCUACCGCCUCAUGCCCACCAUCGACAUCACGUCGCCCAUCGUCGGCGCCGACGCCAAGAAAUUCGCCCGCUGCUUCCCCAAGGGCGUGAUCCGCCUCGACAAGAUCUCUGCCGCCGACGCCGCCGCCGACCCUGCGCUGGCCCCCCACGAGGGCGAGAAUCGCGCCGUCGUCGACCAGCCCAUGAACGACACCGUCAGCAGGGAGUGUCUGCGCCACCCGGAGUUCAAGGACAAAGUCAAGCUGGGUCGCGUGCGCGACCACUUCAUCUUCCGCGUCGAGAGCACGGGCCAGAUUGCGAGCGACGAGCUGUUCCUGGAGAGCGUCAAGGAGCUGCGCACCAAGGCACAGCGGAUAAAACGAGGGCUGGACGAGAUGAUGAAAUAG